AUGGCGACCGCAGCUGCUCCCGAGUCCUCCCUCUUGUCUCUCCUCUACCGCUCAUACCCUACCGCCAUCUCUCCCGAUGCUACCGAGCUCGAUUACCUCCAUGCCUCGCCCAAGAUUUUCCCCCAGGUGAACUUCAGCGAAGCUGAGGAGGCCGACAUCAAGCAGUGGCUUAACACCGUCUCUGGCUUGACCACUGCCACCGCCAGCAACGACAAGUCCGUCAUUGACAACAUCCUGGCUCAACUCAACACACACCUCGCCACCCGCACCACUCUGCUCGGUGCGAAGCCUUCGGUCGCUGACAUUGCUGUCUACGCUGUCGUUGCCCCCAUCGUCGAGAAGUGGUCAUCCGAGCAGCGCACAGGCGAAAAGGGAUACCACCACGUUGUUCGCCAUGUCGACUUUGUGCAGAACUCGCGCCUCUUUGCCCUGCAGAUUCCCGCCGAGGAGAAAGUCACUAUCGACGUGAACGACGUCAAGUUCGUGCCCAAGCCCGUUGACCCCAAGGAGGAGAAGGAGCGCAAGAAGAAGGAGAAGGCUGCUCAGCAGAACGCCGGCGCUGAAGCCGAGAAGCCCCUUGUCGUUGGCCAGGGUAAGCCCGAGAAGGCUGAGAAGGUUGCCAAGGCCGACGCUGCUCCCAGCGAUGGUGCUGCCGCUGCCGCCGCCGCCGGCCACAAGACUGGCAAGAAGGAGAAGAAGGAGAAGAAGGAAAAGGCCCCCAAGCCUGCACCAGCUGCUGCUGCCCCGCCAUCUCCCUCCAUUAUCGACCUGCGUGUCGGUCACAUCCUGCGCGCCAUUAACCACCCCAACGCCGACUCUCUCUUCGUUUCCACCAUCGACUGUGGUGACGCCCCUGGCUCCGAUAACACCUCCCUGGAUGAGGAGACCGGUAAGACUGUCCGGACAGUCUGCUCUGGUUUGAACGGUCUUAUUCCCCUGGAGGAGAUGCAAGGCCGCAAGAUUGUUGCCGUCUGCAACUUGAAGCCCGUCACCAUGCGUGGUAUCAAGUCUGCGGCCAUGGUUCUGGCUGCCUCCCCCCGUGUUGAGGAGGGUGGUGACUCCCACGCUGGCCCCGUCGAGCUUGUCACUCCCCCUGCCGACGCCCCGGCUGGUGAGCGCAUUACCUUCCAGGGCUGGUCCGAAGGCGAGCCCGAGAAGCAGCUCAACCCCAAGAAAAAGAUCUGGGAGACUUUCCAGCCUGGUUUCGGUACCAACGAUGACCUCGAGGUUAUCUUUGACAGCAACGCUGUCCCCACUGUUAAGGGCCAGGAAGGCAAGCCUGCCAUCGGUAAACUCGUUACCGCAUCGGGCGUUAUUUGCACUGUCAAGACCCUCAAGGGUGCUACCGUGCGGUAA